ACUCCAACUGCAGCUAUGAGUUCGGACGAGAAGGGCAUAUCCCCUGCUCAUAAAACAUCCACUCCAACCCAUCGAAGUGCCUCCUCUUCAACGUCCUCCCAAAGGGAGAGUAGACAGAGUAUCCACAUCUUGGAGAGAACUGCUUCCUCCGGCACCGAGCCCUCUGUCAGCCGGCAGUUGCUGGAGCCGGAGCCAGUCCCCCUCUCCAAGGAAGCUGACAGUUGGGAAAUUAUAGAAGGGCUGAAAAUAGGCCAAACCAAUGUCCAGAGACCAGACAAACAUGAAGGCUUUAUGCUAAAAAAAAGAAAAUGGCCUUUAAAAGGCUGGCACAAGCGUUUUUUUGUCCUGGAUAAUGGAAUGUUAAAGUAUUCAAAGGCACCACUUGAUAUUCAAAAAGGGAAGGUGCACGGAAGCAUCGAUGUCGGCCUCUCGGUCAUGUCCAUUAAAAAGAAAGCUCGGAGAAUAGACCUUGACACAGAAGAGCACAUCUAUCAUUUGAAGGUGAAAUCCCAGGACUGGUUUGACGCAUGGGUCUCCAAACUGCGCCAUCAUCGACUGUAUCGGCAGAAUGAGAUUGUGAGAUCACCAAGAGAUGCUAGUUUUCACAUAUUUCCUUCAACUUCUACAGCUGAAUCCUCACCAGCUGCUAAUGUUUCCGUUGUGGAUGGAAAGGUACAGCCCAACAGCUGUCCGUGGCAGUCCCCGUUACCAAGCAGCAGCAGCCUCCCCGCCACCUGCACAACUGGCCAGAGGAAAGUGGCCGCCUGGUUACAGGACUCAGAGGAAAUGGACAGGUGUGCAGAAGACCUUGCACACUGCCAGUCAAACCUUGUGGAACUUAGCAAACUCCUGCAAAACUUGGAAAUACUUCAGAGAACUCAGUCAGCACCUAACUUUACUGACAUGCAGGCUAACUGUGUAGAUAUUUCAAAGAAAGACAAGCGGGUCACAAGAAGAUGGAGAACAAAAAGUGUCAGCAAAGAUACAAAAAUACAACUGCAGGAAGGGCCAUCUGUGAAGGGCCAGUUCAGCGCAGCCCGGCGCCGGCAGAGGCUAGCAGCAGCAGUGGCUACAACAGUUCCUUUCAGCGCUACCAUGUCCCCGGUCCGCUUGCAUUCCUCCAACCCGAACCUUUGUGCAGACAUUGAAUUUCAGACGCCCCCUAGCCACCUCACGGACCCUCUGGAAAGUUCAACAGAUUACACAAAACUUCAAGAAGAAUUUUGUCUAAUUGCACAGAAAGUCCAUUCUCUUUUGAAGUCUGCGUUUAAUAGCAUAGCUAUAGAGAAGGAGAAGCUUAAGCAGAUGGUCUCUGAGCAGGAUCACAGUAAAGGCCACAGCACGCAGAUGGCACGGCUCCGACAGUCACUGUCUCAGGCACUCAACCAGAAUGCUGAACUAAGGAGUCGGUUAAGCAGAAUACACUCAGAAUCUAUUAUUUGUGAUCAGGUUGUCAGCGUAAAUAUUAUUCCUAGCCCUGAUGAGGCUGGUGAGCAAAUCCAUGUCAGUCUCCCUCUGUCACAGCAAGUCGCUAAUGAGAGCCGCCUCUCCAUGUCAGAGUCCGUCUCUGAGUUCUUUGAUGCCCAAGAGGUGCUCCUCUCUGCAAGCUCAUCAGAGAACGAGGCUUCAGAUGAUGAGUCGUACAUCAGUGAUGUGAGUGAUAAUAUAUCUGAAGACAACACCAGUGUUGCAGACAACAUUUCUCGGCAAAUCUUGAAUGGAGAGCUUACGGGAGGGGCCUUCCGAAAUGGACGUCGAACCUGCCUGCCAGCUCCCUGUCCUGACACCAGUAACAUUAACCUAUGGAAUAUCUUGAGGAACAACAUUGGUAAAGACCUAUCUAAAGUCUCUAUGCCUGUGGAGCUAAAUGAGCCACUCAACACCCUGCAGCAUCUCUGUGAGGAAAUGGAAUACAGUGAGCUUCUGGACAAGGCUUCGGAAACCGACGAUCCCUAUGAGCGCAUGGUUCUUAUUGCUGCAUUUGCAGUUUCAGGAUAUUGCUCCACCUAUUUCAGAGCAGGAAGUAAGCCAUUCAACCCUGUCCUUGGGGAGACUUAUGAAUGCAUUAGAGAGGACAAGGGAUUCCGCUUUUUCUCAGAGCAGGUUAGCCACCAUCCACCCAUUUCUGCCUGUCACUGUGAAUCCAAGAAUUUUGUGUUUUGGCAAGAUAUCAGAUGGAAAAACAAGUUCUGGGGGAAGUCGAUGGAAAUCCUGCCUGUGGGAACACUGAAUGUCAUGCUUCCAAAGUAUGGCGAUUGCUAUGUGUGGAAUAAAGUCACCACGUGCAUACACAACAUUCUCAGUGGGAGGAGGUGGAUAGAGCAUUAUGGAGAAGUAACCAUAAGAAACACCAAAAGCAGUGUGUGCAUUUGCAAGCUCACAUUUGUCAAGGUGAAUUACUGGAAUUCUAAUGUGAAUGAAGUCCAGGGCGUUGUGAUGGAUCAGGAGGGAAAGGUGGUGCACCGGCUCUUUGGGAAGUGGCACGAAGGGCUCUACUGCGGCGUGGCCCCUUCUGCCAAGUGCAUCUGGAGACCAGGUUCCUUGCCCACCAACUAUGAGCUCUACUAUGGCUUCACAAGGUUUGCCAUUGAGCUCAAUGAGUUAGAUCCUGUACUAAAAGAUCUCCUCCCACCAACAGAUGCCCGAUUCCGGCCAGAUCAGAGAUUUUUGGAAGAAGGAAACCUAGAAGCUGCAGCAGCAGAGAAGCAAAGAGUAGAGGAACUCCAGAGAUCUCGAAGACGAUACAUGGAAGAAAACAACCUUGAACAUAUACCAAGAUUUUUUAAAAAAGUGAUUGAUGCCAAUCAAAGAGAAGCCUGGGUUUCUAAUGAUACCUACUGGGACCUGCGAAAGGACCCUGGGUUUAGCAAAGUAGACAGCCCUGUUCUUUGGUAACCUGGGAAUGUAGAGCUAGCCAACACAUCAUGCUCUGAAUGAAUAAAUAACUAUGCACAAUUAUGUUUCUUAGAGCUGCGCGUGGUUUCUGGGUCGACUGAACACCGACCAUUUGCUUUUCUAUUCAUCUUUAUAAUGGACUUUCAGAAGUGCAUUAGACAAAGCCCCUGACCACUUUUGGAUCCUUUCUGUUUUGCUGCAACCAUAUUCCUUAAAAAACAUCUACACCCUCCUCGAAAAGCAGAAUUAAAGGAGCAGAAUAUAAAAUCCAAAGUCUGACAAGCUUAUAAAGAAAAACAAACUGUAACUGGUGCUUAAAGCGGAUCCAGAAAGUUUAAAGCAACAUGACAUAAACCACGCGUUUGGUCCUUUUUCCGGAAGCGCCAUCCCCUCAUCGAAGGAGCUCCUGGGCCACGGCAUUCGGUCAGCUCAGACUUCGAGGGUGUCCGUUUGAUGUGGUGUACUCGUGCCGGCCUUGUCCACGAAGACAUGAUGCUUCUCAGAACCUGUUCCAUCUGUACGCCAUUGUUCAUGCCUUAAGAAAUGCAAAGAUGUACAAUAAAUCAUUUUUUUAAUGUGUGCUCAUAGGUUUAUGUGAAGGACAGAUCUAUUGAAUCAUGGCAUGAUUCACUUACUGGGAUCAAAACAAUUAUGAGUCUAACUUGAAUGGAUUAAAAAAGCAAACAAAGCGUGCUUUACUUGGAUACAUGGUCACUGUAUCAUAUAUCUGAAGGGCAAGAAGGAAACAGUGUGCUGUGUAGAUUUCCGUAUUCACACCGCUUGUCCAGUUCCUGUCCUGCGUCCAGAUAAUAAACCAUCCCUCUUCCACCUAACCUCACAGUGUGCCCUAUUAUUUGUUAAUAUCUAUAUUUGAUUUGAAUACUUGUCAUCCGUGUUAAAACCUUGAAAGGAAAUAACAAAAAGCAGAUGGGCUUUCUGGGUGGGUUUGGGAGUACUGUAAACGUAACUGUUUUUGAGAGAAGCACAAUGUAAUACCCGUUUCUAUCGUCUGCCCCACCCACUGACACCAGUGGAAGUCCCACUGGGAACAGAAGCAAGAAUGCUAGUAGCUAGUAGCUUAUUUGUGUUGUUUAAAUGAGUUCUAUGCAAAAUCCUAUAUUAUAUUUUCAUCAAGUGGUUCUGUUACGAUACAUGACUCUACAUUAAGCAUUUACCUUGCUAUUAGCAAACAUAUAAAACUUAAGCUAAGAAGUUUAUACAUUCCAGGAAAAAGCAGGGGAGGCAGGCAGCAAUGUGUUUAGCAUACUUCAGGAUUUGUUUAUUCAUCCAGUAUACAGAGGCUUUUGUAGGUAUUGCAUUGGUAUUCCUGAGUUUCUGCACGUAGAUGACUACAUAAAUAAUUGUACAUUAGAAAACUCUCCUAGAGGUGAAUUAUAAAAUUCCAUAUAUUUUAUUAGUUAGGUUUUUACUCUAGAUCGUUACCAUGAGGUUUGCAGUGUUAUUUUAAACUCUGAUUAUGAGGUUACUGACGUUUUACAUCUUGUUAGGAGGUAUUGAUUUUAGUGUUAUUUCUCCCCAAAGCUUUCCUAAUAAUGGCUAAUAAUCCACUGUCAAAUCUAAACUGCUCAUUAGAGCAUAAGGCAAACUGAAGUCUCUACUAAGUGAAGCAGAAUUUCAGUUAUCCUUGAACUUGUCCCUCCUUUGAUCUGGGGCCCUACAUUAUGCAUGCAGGAUGCAUUGGCUUAGGAUGAAAUUUCAUUCUCAAGUAAAUUCCAUUGCCAGAGCUAAGCGUUCCGUAUAAGCCACACUCCAUCUAGGUUUCUCAAUGCCUUUUAAUUCCCAUUUAAAUCUACAGGUGGCUUGCCCCGUGGUAGUAAAAUUUCUCCCUUGUUAUUGAUUGUUUUUCUGCUCAUUCAUCUUGACUCCCUUUUAGCUGCAUUAGAAUUCUGUUAACUCCUUCAUAAAAGCCUGUUCUCCCCAACUGAUACAACUUUAAAUACCACUUAAAGCAGGUCUGGUCUCUGCUUACUAACACUUCCCUGAACAGUCUCAAAAUAUUUCACCAAAAGAUAAGGAAAAAAUUUUGCAAAGUAGAGGUAUUCCGAGUAGAUGAAUAGGAAAGCAAGGCCUCAGUGACCAAGGUCAGUCAGGCAGCUGGGAGAAGACCCCGGAUCCAUCGGGAAAGCAACUGGUGUUUGGGUUGUAAUUGAAAAAAAGAAUAGUACAGAGGACUUUCACUAGAUAAUAAGUUUAAGCUACAAAUCAUGUAAGUGAAUACUGGUCAGAGCUAACCUGAAACUCUGAUUAGGAAUUUAGGAUGAGAAUGAGAAGAAUGUAAAAUUAAUUACAAUCACAUUUUAGAGUAUCCCAGAUUUAGAAUCUUUUGAGAUUCAGACUUCAUUAGA